AAUAUCGACAUAUACUUUAAUUUCAAUCUUUUAAUAAUGUUUGUUGCUCCGAAGCCACAAGAGCAAAUAAAUUACAUGACAUUACAAAACAAGGCAGGCAAAAAUCGAUAAUUUCAAAAUUUGUGAUUGUAAAGCCGGGUAGAAACUGGUUUAUGUGUAAAAAGGAGCGCUUGGAAUGGAGGACGCCUGUGUUUCUGGUUUAUUUGUUAGAAAUGUCUCCAAACUUUCUACGUUAUUAUCAUCAACACACCACCACCACACCAAGAACAAUGCCAUCGCUCCAUCAUUACACUACUUGUAAACCCUCUCCAGUUCACCCUAUUUCAAUUAUCUGAACAUUUUGGAUAAUGAUUGACUCUCUAAUGGUGGUUUUGAGAUUGCAUGAUGGCAGAAAAAGAUGGCUGUGGAAUAAGAUACUGGUCGAAAAUAUGGACUCGAGUAGUUGAAGAGAAAUCAAUACCAGCUGAUGAAUUAAUGAAUGAUGUUACCAAAUCUUACCUACUUUCUGAUAGUAAUGGCGCUCACUGUCAACCGUGUGGUGGCAACCAUGAGAAAGAAUAUGACCGUUGCCUUCAUUGCGAAGAACUUCUGCAACUAACCAUAAUCCAUGUUCUUCUUUUGAGAGCUGAAUCUGAAGAAGAGAUUAAUAAGUUAAUAUAUCUGCUUGCCGCUGAUUACAACAUAUUUCAAAAGCUGACCCAUCGCUUACUUGCCUCAUCCGCAUAUAUCUCUCAUGUUGCGAGCAAAGUUUUGGUUUCUCUCAUUUCUCUGAAUCCAUCCAAGUUGUUCACCAAAGAACACUUUGAAGAAUUGGUGGUCCAUUUACUUGGCCAUUUCCAAUCAAAGGACAAUGCCUCUGCUAUAUUCAGGCUGUUGAAAAAAAUUCUCAAUGCUAAAUUCAACAAAGAACUGAGCGAGAUUUACUUGAACCUAAUCGACCACUUUUGGGAGAACAUUUUCACAAAAUUCAAAGGAUGUUCCUCUGAUGCUGAAUGUAAUUCAGAGUUUUUGAAGCUAUGGAAAUCAUUGUUCAAAAAGCAUAGUUUCAUUUCUGAUGUAAAACUGCAAACAUGUGACACUGCUCGGACAUUUUUGGAACAUAUCGAUUCUAUUAUUGCCAAACUUGGUAACAAUUCUGCCAGUGAAAAAUGGGUUUUGAAAAGUACAUUACAGCUCUUUAAUAGAGCAUUAUCUUAUAAAGAGGAACUAGCUGUACAGAAGCAUAUUCCGCAUUUCUACUGGGUUACUUGUCAGCAUUUAUUGGCAGCCAACAUUUUCAAAGACUGUCUCCACAGAAUAGCAAACAGUAGCAGACAUGCUGGUUUUGGAGGUUCAGAAGAUGUAAUUAUUUUUCAACAAAUUAAUUCUGAUAUCCAUGGAGAUAUUGCUCCCAGGUUCUGCACCCCCAGUGAGAAUAUUAACAAAGACACUUCUCACAAAUGUAAUGUCAAUGAUGAUAUCACAGCAGACAUCUCUGAUAAAGAUGGUAUCUCUAGUGAAGUCAUAAGCAGUACAGCCGAACCUGUUAUCACGAAUGAUAUCAAUGUGGGUGGUACUUGUGAUAUGUCUAGUGUCUCUUGCAGCAAUAUUAGUGUCAAAGCUGAUGGUGAGGGUAACAUCUCCUAUACUAUGAACGUAGACACUGCAGAGGUCAGAGUGGAAUUUGAAGCCACGGAUCAAAACACCACGACUGAUAACAGACAUGAAAUAAUUGUUGGUCCAAACACUAUGGAGAUAGACCAAGACACCUCACUUAAUGGCAAAGAUACCACAUCUACUGGUCAAGACACCUCUGCAAUCAGCAGUGACACAAUAGCUUCCACAUUACCCAAUCUAUCGCUGUUACGUAAGCUGAUACUGCUACAGGUCAACACAUAUGUGAUUGCUGUGAAAUAUUAUGAUGAAGUCUGUGAACAAGGAGCAAAACUGGAUCUUCUGAACAAGAUUUCUUUUGAGAUGCAGUACACAUGCUCAGAAGUUGAGCAAAUUCUCAGCUGUAGAAGCAAACUGAGUUUGAACCAUUCUAACCAGUCCAUCUCCAGUUCUUCUAACACUAAUUGUAACUUAGACUGGCUGCCAGAAAUAUUUGGUGAUCAAGAUGAUGCUUGGAUUGAAAUCCUCCUUGCUAUCACUGACCUCUAUAUAUUGAGCAAAACAUGGUAUGAAGAACAAUCACAAUCAUAUAAGCUGACAGACCUUCUCAACCCGCAUAAACUAUUUAUUCAGCUGCUGAAGUCAAUGGCCUUUGACCAUAGUGUGUUGUUGGAUCUUCUCACCUCUCCAGAGACUUGCUUCCUCUUAUAUUUUCUUAAAUAUCUAAAGUUAGUCUCACAAGAAUGGUGCUUGUUUGUGCAGUUGCAUAAGGAAUAUAGUUAUGUUGCUGAAUGCAACAGAAACAAUUAUCUAAAUCCCGCAGACAAUAGCCAAGCUCAAAGUUCAAAAGAUGGGCCACAGCAAAAUGUGUAUGUGUGUUCUGAUUCAAUGGACAGCGCUUCAUAUGAGAUGAAAAUAAGCAGAGAGAAACCUCAAAUCUCUUUGCACAGCAGUGCAUCAGAUGUUCAUGAAAGCCAAAGUGAUUUUAAUGAAGGAUCAUUAUUAACUUGCAAACAAUCAAAUGAAAGGGAAACUGAGAAAAUGAAGGAAUACAAACCAAGUAUUGGGUUGUCAUGGAUACAGAUGUAUUCAGACAGUGAAGAAGAAUCAGUUUCAGAGAACAAUAGCUCUAAUGGCCAUACUACAAUUGAUAGCUCACUUCCAGUUUGUGAUAACAUUUCUGAUUCCUGUGCUGACUCAUCUAUUCAAAAUAUUGAUGACUUUUCACUACCAGAAGUUUUUGAUGAAAGUCAGUGCAGUAUAAUAAAGGAACACUAUCCUUCCACUGCUGUAUUAAAACCAUUUACUGACACUCAUACCAAUGUACAAAAGUCUAGUAAUGGCAAAGGAAUUGAAAAUAUCAACAGAACAGAGGAUCGAAUAGAUCCAGAUACAGUGUCACAUACUGAUGAUAGCAAUUCACCGAAACCUUAUCAGAAACAAAAUGAUGCUUGUUCUAAAUUCUCAUGUUUUGUAUCAAAUGCCCUUGAUCAAACGCUAGGGUGUCUUAUUCGAUUACAAUUUUCUCUAGAAAGGUUAAACAGAUCUGGAAUGUUUCCAUAUAACCCAGAAAAAUUGAUCCAGGCCUUACAGCAAUGUAUCUGUUUGUAUGAAUCUUGACAGGAUAUUUAUUAUUAUUAUUAUUGAGUGAGAGAGCAGUGCAUGCCAUGAAAGUGACACUGGGGUAAAAUAUA